GGUGCGGGGGCGGAUGCGGCUCCCUGGCCGUUGCUGCUGUCGCCGGCGGCUUCACUGGGUUCGUUGGGAUCCUCGUUGCCUUUAGCAGCGGCAGCAGCGACUCCUGCUGCUACUGCUGCUGCUAAUAAGGCAGCAGCGCCCCUAGCACCACCCGCAGCGGCAUCAGAGGGGGAAGACCGGGGCGACACCGAAGCCGAGGCAGAGGAGGCUGCCGACACCGGUGCUCCCCCCUCCACCGCCUCCUGGUCCCAGUCCACGUCCGAACUGGGGGACGAGACGGAGUCGCUCACAACGCCGCAUCACCACCCGCAAGCCUCCCCGAGGUCAUGCUGGCCUGUGCGGACCUCCUCGCUGGACAGAGCUGCCACAGCGACAGCGACAUCGCAGCAGCUGCAGCCGGCUGCUGCUGUUGGUGGUGGUGCUGCUGUUGGUGCAGCUGCUGCUGACUACGGGCGGUCACAUGGGCAUGCUGGCGUCAACGGUAACAGCAGCGGCCUUAGCGACAACGAUGGUGGUGGUGGUGGCAGUGGAGCAGGCGGCCCCCAGUGGCGGGAGGUGGCGGUGCGGUGUGCGGUGGCGUUGUCACGAGCCUCUACGCACCCGGUAUCCCGGGCGGUGGUGGCGGCGGGGGGCGGCGGGGAGCUGGCGAGGGGGGUGGAGGUGGCGGGGUUUGAGCAGGUUCCCGGCUCGGGUGUGCGGGGCGUGUGUCGGCUGGGCGGCCGCUCCUGGGCGGUGUCAUUCGGGUCCGCGGACUUUGCGGAGCAAGCGCUGGCAGCAGCUGCGGCAGCGGCAGCAGCUGCGGCACCAGCAACGGUCGUAGCUCCAUUCAGCAGCAACAACAACGGCGCUGUGGCUUCGGCAGCAGCUGCGGCUGCUGCGACAAUGCACGAGCGCCUGCGGUCUUUCCUGGCUGCCUCCUCCACAUCCUCCUCUUCCGGCGAGGACGGCGGCGCUGCGGUCUGCGGGGCAGUCAACGCCGUGAGUGUGUUGGUGCUGGUGCCGCUGCAUGGAGCUGCAGGCGAGCAGCAACCGCAACCACACCAACAAUCACACCCACACCACCAACAACAACACCAACAGCAGCCGCCGUCUCAACCCCUAUCGCAUGACGUGGAGGAGGAGGAUGUGAACAGCAGCAGCAGCAGCGUUACGCCGCCGCCCAGGGGGGAUGGUGAUAGCGCCACCGACAGCAGCCCGCGGGUCGCAGUGUUCUACUUUGAGGACGUGGUGCGGCCGGGGGUGCGGCGAGCGGUGAGGGCGCUGCGGGAGGGCAGCUGGAGGAGCCGAGGGAGGCGGCGGAGGCAGCAGCAGCAGCAGCAGCAGGAGGAGGAGGAGGAGGAGGACAUGGAGGUUGUGAUGCUCACCGGCGACAGCGCGCCGGUUGCUGCCGCCGUGGCGGGCAGUCUGGGCAUCCGCCGCUUCCACGCCGCCAUGCUACCAGAAGACAAACUCGCAUUCGUGCAGCAGCAGCAACACCGGCUCAACAACGGCAGAAACACCGGCAGCAGCAGCAGCGGAGGCGGUGGUGGGGUGCUGAUGAUGGGUGACGGCAUCAACGACGCACCCGCCCUGGCUGCAGCGCAUGUGGGAGUGGCGGUGGCGGGCUCGCCUCGGGACCUUGUGGCGGCCGCCUCGGACGUCAUCGUGCUCAACGGACAGGGAGCGGCGGCGCUGCCGUGGCUGCUGCGGGUGGCGGAACGCACCCAGGCGGUCGUACAUCAGAACCUGGUGCUCGCGCUGCUGUCCAUGGCGGCCGCCUCGCUGCCCACCCUGGCUGGGUUCUUCCCGCUGUGGCUGGCGGUGCUGCUGCACGAGGGGUCCACACUGCUGGUGGCGCUCAACAGCCUGAGGCUGCUGCUACCGGAGGAGGAGGAGGAGGAGGGAGAGGAGGAGGGGGAGGAGGGGCAGCAGGGGAGGAGCAGUAAGGCGAGCAAGAGGAGUGCGGCGGCGGUGGUGGCGGAGGUGUGGCGCGGGCUGCGUGACUUGGCGGCCAUGGGAGGCGAGGGCGAGGAGGAGGAGGAGGGGCACGAGCAUCACCACCACCACCACCACCACCACCAUCACCACAGUCAUAGCCACGAUCAUGAUGAUGCCCUUGGUCACCACCACCACCAGCACCACCAGCACCAUUCCUCGCACGGUCAACAAUGCGACCACCACCGCCAUGAGCAUGGCCUUGAGCAUGGUCCGCACUGCUGUGGGGGCCACCAGCAGCACCUGCAGCCGCUGCAGCCGCUGCAGCCGCAUUGGCAGCAGCGCCAUGGUGACAGCCAGGGCAGCCAUCCCCAACACCAGCAGCGGCGGCCCAAGCACAAUGCAUGCGGCCACCACCACCACCCCCAGCAGCAGCAGCAGCAGCAGCAGCUAGGCCACCAACACGGGGAGGGUGAGACCGGCCUGCACGACAAGGACGACCACCCCCACCAUCAUCACCACCACCAAAACGGCACCAGCAGCAGCAACAACAACAACAACCACAACGGCAGCAGUCAAAACGGCUGCGGCUGCGGCCACCAUCACCACCACCACCACCACGGCCAUCCUGAGGAGGAGAGGAAACAACAAGGAGGCGAGACACUCGCCGCCGCCACUGCUGCUGCUGCCGCUGCUGUUCCGCAUUCCCACAUGCGUGACGUCACCGCAGCAGCAGCAGUGGUGCUGCUGCCAGCAGACGACCACCCGCGUCGACACGACGGCCUCCAUCCGCACAACCGCCACCCGCACCCCCACCACCACCAUGCCGGCCAUCGCACGAACGGCCUGUCAGGGGCUUGCGGGUUUGCCUGCCGAGGCGGUGUGGGGUGCAGCAGCGGCCCGCAGCACCACCCCAGGGCCGGGCAUGCGGGUCUGCGGCUGGGGCCUCUGGCGAGUGUGGGUGGCGGCGGUGAGGAGGGGGCGGGGGCGCUGGAGUCGCUAGCCGGCGGUCUGGGGCCUCAGCUGCUGUUGCGGAGGCGCCGGAGGACUGCGGGGCGGGUUGGGGUGGUUGGUGGUGGCGGUGGCGGCAUGGGGCCUAGCAGCGCCGGUGUUUUAGGUGGAGGGGGUGUGGCGAUUGGGGAAUGAGGUCCCUAUGGGUCGUAACAUGUAGGCAGGGAGGUUUGUUUCUAGGUUAUGGCAGUUACAAAGAAUGGCUCGUCUUUUGGGUUUGCAAGCUCAGGGCACUCCUUGCAAACCAUUUUCCUCGGGUUUGCAAGCUACCGUUGUACGCUAGGUAUUUGAUGGCCGGGACUGGUCGGGAAGUCAAUAAACAGCGGAAUGCGGGGAGUGCAUGUGUGUCGAAGGCUUUCGGCGCGACCUCCCGCGAGUAACUGUGGCUUCCGGACCCGGUGCGAAGGUUGAUGUUGGUGUUGGUGCGCUGCUGCUCGCUUGGCUUCCCAGCGGCAGGAGGCUGUACACGUGUGCUACUGCAAAGGUAUUCGUCGACUCAUCGAAACGCUCGCGCCCAGGCGCCAUAUGACCUCACCAAAUGGUGGCCAAAUGGGGCCGCAAUCCCUACCGGUUAUGUAGGGAUUGUUGUCCCGGAUUCGCUUCUUAGGAUGCUUUUAGGUACUGUCUGGGGCUCUGGGCUGGGCUCACACAGCUUCCAUGAGUUGGUAUGGAUGUGCAUGGGAUGCUAGAAGGGAAGGGAAGGGAAGUAGGUGGAAAGGAGAGACGUGUUAUGCUUGGGUGCACCGAAGUGCCGUUUACCCAGAGGGCGAGUGUAGCUACGAGGAGACUGUUGUUAAGCCGUCAGCGUAGCGUUGUGAACGGUCGACGUGCUUAGCUGUGUUGUGUUCCCAAAUGUUGCCUUCAAGGGGCAGGGAAAACACCUGAACGGGGUGUGUCGAGAAGAGCAAUCUCGAUGAUAGUGAUUUAGGGGAUGUGAUGAGCUGGUUGCUGGUUUGGGCUGCGGGCUGCAAAGAGGCAGUUGCAAAGCUGCUGGCGACCGUGGGCGGCUGGGGACCGCGAGGGACGAGAGAGGGGAGUGUCAGGGGCCGAACAUGGGCCGGAAAGCGGUGUCGGGGGCGGAGAGACAAACGACCCGGCUCGAUUUGCCAACGCGCGCGCGAAGAUGGAUUGCUUGGCAGCUCCAAGUUCUGGGCCUGACGAGCAGCGCUGUGAAAGUGCUAGACAUAAUUAUGGUAUGAGUGGUCCUCUGCUCUCAAUUCAUGUAUGCCGUUUGGUGGUGCCGGGUGCAGUAACAGUACAGCACACCAGGGGGUGCACACGGGGGGAUAUGUUGUUUGACUGCUCGUCUGCGGUGAACUGGGGUUAGGAUAUGGCGUCGGGUGCACAAUUGCAAAGUGCGCCGCAAUUGCUGGAGGUGAUACGGUGGUCAAAGCACUUUCCCCUUUCCUCGCAAGAAAAAUUCCACGCUCGCGAUGAUAAGCGAA